AGAGAUAGCGGGGGGUACAUGAAAAUGGCUUCUAGUCGUGUUUGUUCUAAGAGUGGUUUCUGGGUCGUGUUUCUUGUUCUGUUGGGUUCGAGUUGCUCGGAGGGACAGAUGGUGCCCGCAGUUUUCGUGUUCGGAGACUCGCUUGUGGACGUGGGCAACAACAACUACUUGCCCGUCUCGUUCGCGAAAGCCGACUUCCCGCACAACGGCAUGGAUUUCCCCACCCACAAGCCCACCGGAAGGUUCAGCAACGGCAAGAAUGCCGCGGAUUUUCUCGCCGAGAAGUUGGGGUUGCCGACGUCGCCGCCGUAUCUGGCCCUCAUCUCCAACUCCAGCCAGAGCAAUUCUUCGUCGCCCUUCCUCACCGGCGUUAGCUUCGCCUCUGCAGGUGCUGGCAUCUUUGACAGCAUUGACGAGAAAUUUCAUCAAGCGUUAACUUUGACCCAGCAAGUGGAUUACUUCCUCGCGGUGCACGAUAACCUGGUGGAACACAUGGGAUCUUCUGGUGCACAGAAGCACGUAGCCAAGUCCCUCUUCGUCAUCGUCAUCGGCAGCAACGACAUCUUCGGCUACUCCGGAUCCUCCGAUACCCGCAAGCAGCACACGCCGCAGCAAUACGUCGACCUCAUGGCUUCUUCGCUGAAGGAUCUGUUAAAGUGUCUCCACAGUUAUGAUGCGCGCAAGUUCGCCUUCUCGGGGCUUGGGCCGAUCGGAUGCUGUCCAUCACAGAGGAACCAGAACAAAACGGCCGCAUGCAAGGAGGACACGAAUUCCUGGGCGCGCAUGUAUAACGUAGCGCUCCUGGCAAUGUUGAAGGGAUUGAAGUCCGAACUCGAGGACAUAAGCUACAGUUACCUGGACACCCACACCGUCCUGCAAAACUUCAUCCAGAAUCCAUCUGCUUAUGGUUUUACAGAGGUGAAAGCAGCUUGCUGCGGUCUCGGUACCCUGAACGCAAAAGUUGCAUGCUUACCAAUUUCAGAGUACUGCCCCAACCGGCGAGACCAUGUGUUUUGGGAUCUAUACCAUCCCACAGAAGCAGCGGCCCGCAUUAUCAUAGACGAAGUCUUCCAUGGUUCGCCACAGUACGCGUACCCAAUGGACCUCCAGCAACUGGCCGCCGUCCAGGCUUAAGCAAAACAAAUAACACAAAUUCGAAGAAAAAAAAUUUCUGACAGGAAGAUUACAUAGUACAGGUUGUCAUUCGUCUAAAGCGAUUCGGUGUUUGGGGAUACAUGGGUUAAGGAAAAUCGUUGCUUUUGCAGAUGUCAUUCUGUUGCAGGGCUUUGUAUAUCAGAAGAAAGUGCAUCUUCAGUUAAUAUUGUUAUUUGCGUUAAUCUCAGAGCAACUAUAAAAUUCCAACAAACGGACGAGAUCCAGUCACUAUUUCCUUUCCCUUUUUGGGUAGACAGAAAGUAUUACUAUAAACCGAAGCAUC